GAUUUGUUUUCAUUCUAAUGUUUCUCUCGAUUUGUGCAGUCGUCUCUGAAUCCUAGUCGAAUCUUAUUGUGAAUUAUGUCCUUUUUAAUAUUUCCCAAAUACGAAUACACUGUUAAAAUACCCGAUCCUAAUGGUGAUUACAGCAAAAAUAAGGAAGAUUAUGAAUUCGAUUUCAACAUCGACGAGAAGAAGAAACCUGUCAUAAUUCUAUUCGGUUGGGUUGGAUCUACUGACAGAUAUUUAAGCAUUUAUUCUAGAAUUUAUGAGGCCAAAGGACUGAUGACCGUAAGAUUUAUGGUUUCUAUGACCUCCAUUUUUCUGUGGAAACAUCACAUCAUACCCAUAUCGGAAAAAAUGGUACGAGUAAUUGAAGAUCUCAGCCUCGGUGAUAGACCUAUAAUCAUACACUGUUUUUCCAAUGGUGGUACUUAUUUAUAUCGACAUUUCAUGGAGGCUGUUGAAUCUAGCAAAACACCAAUAAAAAUCAAGGGUGUUAUUUUCGACUCAGCACCUUGUAGAAGAACAAUUUUACACGCCUUCAGAGGAAUAAGGUCAACAGUUAGGCAGAAUCCGUUUCUGAAUUUGCCAAUAACGUUGAUUCUGUUUUUGAUACUCCUUUCUGUAUGGGUUGUAGAGUUUAUAAAAAGAUAUCUAUUCAGAAGAAAAAUUAUCCAGUUCAAACCAAUGGAACAUCUGCUGCAGGAAGAAAAUAGAUGUCCCCAACAUUUUAUUUAUACAACCUGCGAUAAAGUGAUCGAUGUUGAGGAUAUUGAAUUUUUCAUCAACAGUAGGAAGGCCCUUGGAGUUGACGUUUCUGUAAAACGCUAUAACGACACAGAACAUGUCAAACAUUAUCCCGUGAAGAAAUACACUUACACACAGAGUAUCUUUAAUUUCAUCAGUAAAUGUUUGGAAUUGAAUUCUAGUAUAGUGUAAUUAUUCACUCAAGGAUUGCUCGUGACUGGAUAGAUGAAGAAAAUAAUUACU